GCGAGAGCCGGCGGUGCGGCUGCAGCACGGCGCCAGCGGGCUGGAGCCGCUGGCCUGGUCCGAGGACCACCGGGUGUCGGUGAGCACGGCCCGCAGCAUCGCCGUGCUGGAGCAGCUCAGCGAUGUGCACAGCGGCGGGCAGGACAUGGUCAUCCACCGCACCGCCGUGCCCGCGCCCGCCGCCGCCUGCAUGCUCAAGGUUGGCCCAAAGAAGGAGGUGGCUGAGUGUAAGGAGAAAUUCGCCAGCUCGGUGGAUCCCACCGUCAGCCAGACCUUUAUGCUGGACCGAGUGUUCAAUCCCGAGGGGAAGUCCCUGACUCCCAUGCGGGGGUUCAAAUAUUCCAGCUGGUCCCCUCUGGGCUGUGACGCCAACGGGAGGUGCCUGCUGGCAGCCCUGACCAUGGACAACCGCCUGACCAUCCACGCCAACCUCAACCGGCUGCAGUGGGUGCAGCUGGUGGACCUGACCGAGCUCUACGGCGAGCGCCUGUUGGAGGCCAGCUACAAACUGUGCAAGGCUGACACUCCCUGCGGGGAGCUGGGAGAUUUCCCCGAGUUCCAGCGGCGGCACAGCAUGCAGGCCCCGGUGCGCAUGGAGUGGUCGGGCAUCUGCACCACGCAGCAGGUGAAGCACAACAACGAGUGCAGGGAUGUGGGCAGCGUGCUGCUGGCCGUGCUCUUUGAGAACGGCAACAUCGCCGUGUGGCAGUUCCAGCUGCCCUUUCUGGGGAAGGAAUCCAUCACUUCCUGCAACACCAUCGAGUCGGGAAUCAGCUCCCCCAGCGUGUUGUCCUGGUGGGAGUACGAGCACAACAACCGGAAGAUGAGCGGGCUGAUCGUGGGCAGCGCCUACGGCCCCGUGAAGAUCAUCCCCGUCAACCUCAAGGCUGUCAAAGGCUACUUCACGCUGAGACAGCCCGUGGUCUUGUGGCAGGAGAUGGACCAGCUGCCCGUGCACAGCAUCAAAUGCAUCCCUCUCUACCACCCCUACCAGAAAUGCAGCUGCAGCCUGGUGGUGGCUGCCAGAGGCCCUUACGUGUUCUGGUGCCUCCUGCUGAUAUCCAAAGCGGGGCUGAACGUCCACAAUUCCCACGUGACGGGGCUCCACUCCUUGCCCAUCGUCUCCAUGACUGCAGACAAGCAGAACGGCACGGUGUACACCUGCUCCAGCGACGGCAAGGUCAGGCAGCUCAUCCCCAUCUUCACAGACGUUGCUUUAAAGUUUGAGCACCAGCUGAUCAAGCUCUCGGAGGUGUUUGGCUGUGUCAGGACUCACGGAAUCGCCGUCAGCCCCUGCGGGGCGUACCUGGCGGUCAUCACCACCGAGGGCAUGGCCAACGGGCUGCACCCCGUCAACAAAAACUACCAAGUGCAGUUUGUCACCCUCAAGACUUUUGAGGAGGCAGCUGCACAGCUCUUGGAAUCUUCUGUUCAGAACCUUUUCCGGCAGGUGGACUUGACGGAUCUUGUACGCUGGAAAAUCCUGAAGGAUAAGCACAUUCCUCAGUUCUUACAGGAAGCACUGGAUAAAAAGAUAGAGAGCUGUGGUUCCACUUACUUCUGGAGGUUUAAGUUGUUUCUCUUGAGGAUUUUGUACCAGUCGAUGCAGAAAGCCCCCUCAGAGGUCACAUGGAAACCUUCACACGAGGAUGCCAAAAUCUUGAUAUCAGAUUCCCCUGGGCUGGGCAGCACUGAGGAUGAUCAAGAGGAAGGAACUUCGAAACAAGCCAGCAAGCAGAGCCUGGGGGACACAGGCAAAGGUGUGGACAUUGAUGACACUGCAGAGGAUUCUCUCCAUCAGUCAAGUGACACUGGAGGCCGUGAGCCAAUGGUAGAAAAGCUGCUUGAAAUACAGGCACAGAUUGAGGCAGUAGAAAUGCACUUGACACGAGAACACAUGAAAAGGGUGCUGGGAGAAGUUUACCUGCACACGUGGAUUACAGAGAACACCAGCAUUCCCACCAGAGGAGUCUGUGACUUCUUAAUGUCUGACGAUGGCUACGAUGACAGAACAGCACGAGUGCUGAUUGGGCACAUCCUGAAGAAGAUGAACAAACAGACCUUCCCUGAGCACUGCAGUUUGUGCAAGGAGAUCCUGCCCUUCACGGACCGCAAACAGGCCGUGUGCUCCAACGGCCACAUCUGGCUCAGGUGCUUUCUGACCUACCAGUCCUGCCAGAGUUUGGUGUACAGGAGGUGUUUGCUUCACGACAGCAUCGCACGGCACCCAACCCCAGAAGAUCCUGAAUGGAUCAAGAGGUUAUUGCAGGGACCUUGCACCUUCUGUGAUUCUCCUGUGUUCUAGAGAAAAGCUGUGUCAAGACUGAAAGUAUUUUCUCUACUGCAUAAGCUCCUUUCAGCCUGGGAGGACACAGAGCCAGGAACACAGACUCUGCUGGAGGGGGAACACCUUGACCACAGCCCUGUACAUAGAACAUCACAGGUUCUACCAACUCCUGAAACCCAGAGCCCAUUCCAUGCUCCAGAAACAGGAAUACACCUGGAAGAGCCAGUUUGAAGCUGCUUGGAAAUGCACCCAUGGAAGCCUCAGCAGCUGGACACUGACAAGGAACUGGAGGGUUGAGCACAGUGGGAAUUGUCCUUACUGCCUGAUGCUGGUGUCAGUUCCCAAAAGCUGGGAUGGAACAGCAGAGCUCCUCUUGAAUGGUCUUGGUGGGUAGAAAAGGCUCCAGCUUGCAGUGCUCUCCUUUGCUUUUUAACCACCCUGGCAUUUGCUGUAGAACAUGGAACUCUCCAGAUAAUCAAUCCAUGGUUCUGGUGUCUUGCCCAGAGAAGCAGAUGCCAGUUGCAGCCAUAUCAAAGAGUUUGGCCAUUACAUGAAUUUCACUGAAAGUCUAGAAGAGUAACUGCCUGAGAAAUGUAACAGUGUUUCAGUCAGAAGGGUGAUAUUGGUCAAAUAGGGAUCAGUAAGGAUCAUUUUUAAAUAUAAUAAUUAUUAAACUAAUAGCAAUUAGCUUAAACACUAAUAUAUAUACAUAUAUAUAAAAUUUCCAAUGCCCUUAAGUCUUUUGCCCCUUUCUUUUCCUGAACUGAGUUCUAAUCCUUCCCAGCUCUUGCCAAUGUAUUUGCCUUUGGUUUCACUUAACCCUAUACCAAGAGGAAUCCUCUUCCAGGGAAACUCAGUUACCAAAAGCACUACCAAUUAACACUACUGUCAAUUAAAUUCAGAGUCUCCCUCAUACAGCAGCUGAGUUUUACACAAUCACUCCCAGCUGACAGUUUUUCUUUUCAUAAUAGCUCAGUAAAAAACCCAAAACAAAGCGAGCACCCCAAACCCAACCCCACCAUGGCUGACACGCUCCAGGUAGGGCCAAGGAGGCUGGUGAAGCUCUUUGUGCAUCCCAGAAUGGUUUGGGUUGGAAGGAAUCAUAAAUCUCAUCCCAUUCCACCCCUGCCAUGAGCAGGGACAGCUUCA